AAUUUUCCCAUUUUCACUUUUUUUUCUUUCUUUAUCUCUAUUCUCUCGGCAGUCUCUCUCUCAUGUUCUCCUCCGAAAAACUCUCUUCUCUCUUUGAUUUCAACACCUUAGAGCGUGAUUCCGGAUGAAAUCCAAGAAUUAAAGUUUCUAUUCGGAGCAUGGGCUUUCCGAAUAUCCAAGAAAAAUCAUGAUCGGACCUCGUGGGAGCUCAGUUGACUUGGUCAAAGGGUCGGGUUUUGCUCAAAACCGAUGAGGUGUGAUUCAAGGAUGUUGGCAUGAAGUGCUUGUUGUGCAUUUGUGACCAAACCUUUAAAAGGAAUGUUAUCGUCCCUCCGCCGCCUAAUAUUUGGAGUAGUGUUGAUCGGGUUUCUAGCCUGGGCAUUUCAGGCAAUCGUCCCUCCGCCACCUAAUAUUUGUGGGGCCCCAAACGGUCCGCCCAUCACAGCAACCAGAAUUAAGCUUAGAGAUGGAAGGCAUUUGGCUUAUGCAGAACACGGUGUCCCCAAAGAAAUGGCCAAAUAUAAGUUUGUCUUCUUUCAUGGAUUUGGCUUUGGUAGAAAUGAUGGAUCAUUUGCAACCCCGGAAAUAACUGAAGAACUAGGGCUCUAUCUUGUGUCUUUUGACAGACCAGGAUAUGGAGAAAGUGAUCCAGAUCCAAAGCGAACCCCGAAAAGUAUAGCUUUUGAUGUAGAAGAGCUAGCUGAUCAAUUGGGGCUUGGAUCCAAAUUUUAUGUGAUUGGUAAUUCCAUGGGAGGACAAGUAGUAUGGGCUUGCCUGAAGUUUAUCUCCCAUAGGCUAGCAGGAGCAAUACUAGUUGCUCCAGUGGUGAACUACUGGUUGCCUGGUUUUCCCAACAAUCUAGCUAAAGAAGCCUAUUAUGAACAACUUCCUCAAGACCAAUGGGCAGUUGGGGUUGCUCACUACACUCCUUGGCUUACUUACUGGUGGAACACUCAGAAAUGGUUCCCUGCCUCUAGUGUUAUUGCUCGGCAUGAAAGGACACCAAAGGAAGACGUAACACAACAAGGGGUAUACGAGUCGCUCCUAAGGGACAUGAUGGUUGGAUUUGGGAGCUGGGAAUUUGAUCCUAUGGAUCUCGCGAACCCUUUUCUGGACAAUGAAGGUUCCGUACACUUGUGGCAUGGCAAUGAAGAUGGGCUUGUUCCCGUUACACUGCAACGUUACAUUGCAGGAAGGCUUCCAUGGAUUCACUACCAUGAAGUGCCAGAUGCUGGGCACUUCUUGCCUUAUGCAGAUGGAAUGAGAGAGGCUAUCUUCAAAACACUCUUACUUGGGGAGAAAUAGCCCAUUGCAGAAUAAUUCCGCUGUCCAUCUCAAAAAUUUCAGCACUGUUGCCCUAAACGUGAAAAUUUUGUAUGCAACGGUUAUUUGUGAGCGUUACAAAUAAUUGUUGCAUUGAAAUUUUUUCGCACUGAAGGAUUCAAGGAUCCAUUUACUAGAAGGGCAUUAUUGUUAUGUAUUUACUGUUUGACAAGUCAUAAUUCAUGUCUUGAUGGUUGGCAUUGGGAGUGAGGAUUAGCUUAUGAAACGCUUGGUAAGACACAAUUUUCAAAUGCUUGUGUCAUACUUAUAGAAAGGGAGACAUGACAGGCACCAGUGGAAAGAGAGAAUUUGUUGUCUUGGGAUUGGUAAAGAAAAUUGCAUGGUGGUUGUAGUCGGUUCACGACUUUGAAUUACUAGUAGAAACUCGAUUACAA